UCAGUUUCUCUUCGUGGAGGAAUCCUCGUUUCCCAGUUGAAACGAACCGCCACAAAGAGUGCGGGAAUAUGAAAACAAAAACAUCCAGUCUUUUAACGGCACAUAAAAGAGCAGAUUGCUCGGAUCCGUCCCUCGCACCAUCCUGUAUGCUUCCACCCGCAACGACCGAUAUACAGAUAUAGCAUCGGCUAUGAUACCAACUCUCCUGGCGAAUCCUCUCAUCGCAGAUAGAUCCCGAGAGUCAGUAAUUGCUCUCCCUUCGUUUCAUGAUAAAGAAGCUGCGGGAAAAUUCUGACCGACUCCAACUCACCCACCUCCCACCCCCUGUGCAGAUCCUACCUUUUCGCAACUCCACACGCAAAUUUCCCUUUUUCGAACCUGUAGAGCUCAUCUCUCUAGGUUUUCCUUCCACUCGGCUGCUGGCAGAUGGUUUUCUGCUUUGUGCGCGUUUUGGUCCCGAAUCUGUGGCGGCCCAGUGCAAGAACAUACUGAUAUUCAGUCAGCAUCCAUCCUCAGCAAGCAGUCGUUCGUUGCAGCUGGUUUUCGUCCUCGCGUAGUUGAACGAUGUACUGAGUCCGCGGUACGGCUUAACAGGUUGCCCCAGAGGCUAUUCGCGUAAUUCCGUGCCGUUCGACCGCGCGAUCCUUGGACUUCCGAAGCGUGGGUUGACCGGCUUUCACUCCCCGUCGUCACCACUGACUGGUGUGGUGUCGCGUCAGUUUGCUUCUGCUGUAUGUUUUGCAGACAAAGUGUCGUCACUCGUCGCGGUUCCUCACGUCGUCGGUCUUCGCUCCGUCGGCGGCAGUCCAAUUCUUCAGACGUUUGUUUUGAUCGCUCGUUUCGUCUUCGGUGCUCGGGAGCGCGUGGUUUCCGAGUGACAUUGCAGCACUGCAGCCCAAUUAUAGCACGUAGUGUGGAGUAAAGCUGAACCACACGGCGAUAGUGAAGAAAACGAUUCCUUCUGCAAUCAAUGAGUAAUGUGAAACAUGUGUUACUGGUAUGAAACUUAGAAUGUGUUAAUAGGAUGAUUGAAAAUUGUCGAUUUUCUGCUGGAGUAGGAUUUGACAGUGAAAUAAGUUUAAUCGGUGAAUAAUUAGUCAAGCGAGCGUUUCCUGUGAAUCGUAUUACAUUGGGGUUCUCCAGGUUGGCUGAAAUGAAGUGAAGUGAAACCGCCCACGCGCGGAAAGUGCAUUAAUUAAAAUUCCGUGUUCGGUUGGGACCGACGCCUGGUCGGCCGUAAUGUAUGCUACAAUAGCAAUUAAUUAAAAUUUCAUGAGGAAAACAGAUUUUUGCAACCACUGUAGUGGAUAGAGGUAAUUUGUGAAACAAUGAAGUGGUACAUGUUGGUCAGCAUUGUUUGGUGGGUCACUUUCCUGCUCGUGGUGCUAACAGUGGCCUCACCGGAUGGAUACCUGAAAAUGUAUCCAGUGCAGUCACAAUUCGAUCCGUGUUAUGACGAGGAUAGGCCAAGGCGGUGUGUUCCGGACUUUGUGAAUGCUGCAUUUGGAGUGCCUAUCGUUGCUUCAUCCACAUGUGGAUUGCGAGGCCCCGAGGAAGUUUGUGAUAGUCAAGAACUACGCGGUCCGUGCCAUCAAUGUGACGAUACAGUUCCGAGAAAACGAUAUCCAGCUUCUGCUCUUACAGAUGUUAACAAUUCUAAUAACGUGACUUGUUGGCGAUCAGAAGCGAUCCCAACACCCAUGGGAUUCAACGAACCCCCGGAUAAUGUAACACUUACUCUAUCACUUGGUAAAAAAUACGAACUAACCUAUGUGAGUCUAACAUUUUGUCCCGGAGCCGUUAAACCAGAUUCCAUUGCCAUAUACAAAAGUGCCGACUUUGGAAAAUCGUGGCAACCAUUCCAGUUCUACAGUUCUCAGUGUCAGAAAGUUUACGGUAGACCCAAUCGUGCUACCAUCACUAAAGCCAAUGAACAGGAAGCACGCUGCACGGAUGCUCACCGCCACAUGGGAGAAUCUACCGGAAUACAGGGUUCAAGAAUCGCUUUCAGCACCCUGGAAGGACGUCCAUCUGCAGCGGACUUUGAUUCUUCACCGGUACUUCAGGACUGGGUCACUGCCACCGACAUUCGCGUAGUGUUCCAUCGUUUGCAAAUGCCUCAAGAAUCCAUAGAAGACCUAUUUUUGCUCGGUUCUCCUCAAGUUCCGCCAUCAUUCAGGCAGAAGAAAUCAUCUUUCGGUUACAAUGCAAUCGAUAAAUACGAAGAAGCAACCGAUUCAACGAUUGCCGUUCCAACCGUCCCAACACUGACACACCACUACGCCGUUUCGGACUUUGCCGUUGGCGGACGAUGCAAGUGCAACGGACAUGCCUCCAGGUGCGUUUUGGGGCGCGAUGAUGACCUGGUGUGCGACUGUAAACAUCAUACCGCCGGACGGGACUGUGAACGCUGCAAACCGUUCCACUUCGAUCGACCGUGGGGCCGAGCCAAUGCACGGGAAUCCAAUGAGUGUAAAGAGUGCAACUGCAAUAAGCACGCACGGCGCUGUCGGUUCAACAUGGAGCUCUUCAAGAUGUCGGGUCGGAUCUCGGGCGGUGUUUGCCUCAACUGUAGACACGCAACCACCGGUCGCCACUGCCACUACUGCCGCGAGGGACACUACCGGGACGCCAGCAAACCAAUCACGCACCGGAAGGUCUGCAAACCCUGCGACUGCCACCCCAUAGGAUCAUCCGGAAAGACAUGUAAUCACACCACUGGACAAUGCACCUGCAAGGACGGUGUCACUGGAUUGACCUGCAAUCGAUGUGCUCGAGGCUAUCAGCAGAGCCGAUCACACAUUGCACCUUGCAUAAAAAUUCCACGAGUCAUCAGUAUCGUGCAUCCUCAAAAUACUGCACCUGAUCCGCAGCGUCACGAUCCUGACUCUCCUUCCUACCGCACGGACGCCGGAAGGGAGUGCGGAAAGUGCAAAAUCGGCACCAAACGACUAAAUCUAAGCAAGUUUUGCAAAAGAGAUUACGUAAUAAUGGCCAAAGUAACGGCAAAGGACACGAAACCGGACAACGCAAACCUGAAAAGCAGCUCAAGCCACAACCCGAACAGCAACGACGUGGUAAAGUUCACACUAAGCGUCCAAAAGGUGUUCAAAAGAAGCCCCAGCCCAAGCAGUCCGCUGGCGCUGUCGCUGAGAAGAUCAACCCACGUAACUCUCGUCGUGGAAGUGAAAGAUCUCGAAUGCCGGUGCCCAAGAAUCAAAGUGAAUAAAUCCUAUCUGAUCCUCGGUCGGGACACGGAGGGACCACCAGGAGCGCUCGGCAUCGGACCGCGAUCAAUCGUCAUCGAGUGGCGUGACGAAUGGCAUCGGCGGUUAAGGAAAUUUCAACGACAAGCGGCACGUACAUGCCACUGAUCCGUCUCGCUAUAAGAACCCCAACAACGAACCCGCAGUGGCGAGAUUUUUAACAAUAGGCGAUUAAGAUAUAUAUCCUUUGGCCAAUGUAAUAAAUUAUUACUAAAUUAUGUGAAAUUGCUCGAUCUUCCCGUUUAAUAUAUUCAUAUAUUUGAAGGACUGCUACCGAUAUCGUACUGUUCGGUUUCCCAAAGACCGAAGCAAAUGCUAAUGAUCCUUGAUAUGUUCGUAUAGAUUAUAUGUACAGAAUUUAUGCAUCAAUUCUGUUUUCCCACGUUAGAGUAUACUGUACAAGAUUCCUUUGCAUCGAUGUAGUAUAUUGCUGCGACAGAAAGAUCUAUAGAGACCAUGACGUUAUAAAACACAUUCGCUUGUACAUCAUUACCAUUGCCGAUCGUUACUUUUACCACUAGAUGUAAUUUAGUACCCUAUUAUUAUUGAAUAUUUACGUAAUUUGUUGAUCGUUGAAGUUUCCUUAGACCGUAGAUGAUGCCGUGUUCUAGAGCUCCCCUUAAAAAGUCAUCAAACGUCGCCAUAUCACUACAUAAUCAGUAUUUUUUACCAGUUAAGAAGUUUGUGUGAUUAUUACUAUACUUAAAAUUCAAACUAAAACUCACUCUUUUUUAGCUGUAAGUUAUUUGCUAAGAACUAUGUGGAGAAAAUAAAUCAAUAAUUUUGCUGA